UACAUCAUCACUAAGCGCCAGCUGUGACAUUCUGCAUCUGCUUUUCUCAAAAGGCUUAAAACCUAAAAACUAGAAACAGACUCAUACUCAAAGCCUGUUGUUCGCCGACUUUCCCAAACCUUGUGUUACUUUUUUGUUGUCUGGUAGGCUAACUGGUAUUUUGUAAGGCUAUCUCCACCUUCUGCCACAGUGUGUUAAGUGUUGCACUUAGCUUGAGGCUAACUUGGUCCGAGGAGAAGAUCAUAACAGCUUGACCCCGGAGCCUUGCUCAGAGAAUGGACAGUGAAAUCCAACGAGACGGGAGAGUCCUGGACCUCACUGAUGACGCCUGGAGGGAAGACAGACUCCCGUAUGAAGAUGUCACCAUCCCUCUGAGCGAGUUGCCUGAGGCUGAGCAGGACAACGGAGGCUCCACGGAGUCUGUGAAAGAACAAGAGAUGAAGUGGACAGACCUCGCCUUGCAGAGCCUGCAUGAAAACACACCGAGCACCGGCAGCUGAAAGAAAAAUCUGGAAUCGGACUGUAAGACAGAAAAACACAUGCAUGAAGUCACCGGAUUCUGACACUUUAUUCACCUUCUCUUUGCAUUGAAUUGCGUCUUUUGAAGGCUUUGCAGAACGUUCUAUUUUUCAGCUAAGCAGAAAUUAUGCAUACAUGUUUUUUGCAUUGGUAUUGGGUUUAUAUUGUAGUCUUUAUCAAUAUAAAAUAACAACCUUGUAAUGACAUAAAUGGAAAAGCGUC